GUAUUGCGCAUGGAAUGGAGGGCCUGAACUACAAUUCCCGGAGGAUACCGCACCGACCGCGAUUGUCUGUCGAGCUGGGGAACCCGGACAGCUGGACAAGCGAAAGGUGUGCUGGGAGCAGAGAACCAGGGAUGCUCUUUGUAUAAUGACUUGUGAAGGGUUUGGUGGCCAAACAUGAUAAUAUGUUCAAGCAUAUCAAAUAAGGAGUGAUGUUCGUUAGCAUUAGGAAAGGAAGAUGUGGUGAUAUGAUGUGUAAGAACGUGAUUGGAGAGAGUUCUGAGCAUGCGCAGGGAUAAUAGAAAGAUCGAGAAACAUGGCAUUGUAAACACGUUGUGGUUGUUGUUAAAUAAAAGUUCUAUUUCUUCCAGAACAUGGUUCUUCAUUAGACACCCAUGAGAAAUUAAAUGAUGAACACCAGCUACUGCUUCAUUCCUAAUGAAAGGAGACCUACGAAUGAAAGGGAGCAAGAACGUGAAUGGAGAAGCACAGAGAACAUAUGACAGAAAACUGUAUUAUGACAAAUGCAGAGAUGUGUACCCGAGUUAAUGAAUUUGAAUGAACAGCCAUAAAAUUCAAGUUUCACUAUCUUUCCUGUUUUGGAUCUACCCGCAACUCCUUUUGGAGAAAGAGGAAAAAAAUGAAUUCAAAAUCGACGUGUCCAAAUGUCAGUAUUCCCAGCUUUGAUGAACACCGCGAGAAAAAGAAACGCUAUACUGUUUACAAAGUACUAGUGCGCAUCGGUAGGAAUGAAUGGUUCGUCUUGAGACGUUAUGCUGAAUUUGAUAAAUUGUACAACUCACUGAAAAAGCAGUACCCACAGUUUCCUUUGAAGCUUCCUGCUAAAAGAAUAUUUGGAGACAAUUUUGAACCAGCAUUUAUCAAGCAAAGAAGAGCAGGAUUGAAUGAAUUCAUUCAGAAAUUAGUAUCAAAUCCAUCAUUAAGUGAAAAUUUUGAAGUUCGAGCAUUUCUUCAAAUGGAUAACCCAAAGAAUCAGUCUGAUCCAUCUGAAGAUGAGGAUGAAAAGUCUGGCCACAUGCAACAUUUUACCUCUGAAAGUAUUUAUCUUGGUGCCUCAGGAAAUCCACAAGCUAAACCAACAGACUUUGUUUUCUUGAAGCUAAUUGGCAAAGGAAGCUUUGGCAAGGUACUACUUGCAAAACAUAAAGCUGAUGGUAAACUUUAUGCAAUCAAAGUCUUGCAUAAGAAAGUGAUCCUAAAGAAGAAAGAGCAAAAGCACAUCAUGGCUGAGCGUAAUGUGCUGCUGAAAAAUGCAAAACAUCCCUUCCUGGUUGGACUUCAUUAUUCGUUCCAAACCACAGACAAGCUCUACUUUGUUCUGGAUUUUAUUAAUGGUGGAGAGUUGUUUUUCCAUCUACAAAGAGAGCGCUACUUCCCUGAAGACAGAGCCAGAUUUUAUGCUGCAGAAAUAGCCAGUGCACUGGGAUACUUGCAUUCACUCAACAUUGUUUACAGGGAUUUGAAACCAGAAAACAUCCUCUUAGACUCACAGGGGCACAUAGCUUUAACUGAUUUUGGCCUCUGUAAAGAAGGAAUUGCUUCUACUGACACCACAUCUACUUUCUGUGGAACACCAGAGUACCUUGCACCCGAAGUGCUCAGAAAGCAACCUUAUGAUAAUACAGUAGACUGGUGGUGUCUGGGCUCUGUUCUGUUUGAAAUGCUGUAUGGCUUGCCUCCUUUCUACAGUCGUGAUACUAUAGAGAUGUACGAAUACAUCCUUCACAAGCCACUGCAAUUAAGACCAGGAACAAGUAAUGAAGCAUGUUCUAUCCUGCAAGGACUACUUGAAAAAGAGAGCCAGAGGAGAUUAGGAGCAAAAGAAGAUUUUGCUGAAAUCAAAUGCCAUCCCUUUUUUGAUGUUAUUAACUGGGAAGAGUUAGAUCGGAAGGAAAUUUCUCCACCGUUUAAUCCUAGUGUGACUGGUCCUGAAGAUCUGCAAAAUUUUGAUCCAGAAUUUACGGAAGAACAAGUUCCACACUCCAUCUGUCAUUCUCCUGACUGGUCCAUUGUCAGUGCCAGUGUUUUAGAAGCUGAUGAUGCCUUUAUUGGCUUUUCUUAUGCUCCACCUAUUGAAGAUUCAUUUUUAUGAAGGUCAUCUUCUAUAGGAAACUGAACACAACACAAAAUGAAAAUACCUUCAUAAGGAUACAUGUGGACUUAUGAUUUUACACCAUAACUAUAUCUACAUGUCUUAAAUAAAGCUAGUAGCAAUUCAGUGAAUUUUGAACCUCUAAUCUACUAUAUACAGACUUUACAUUCCUUGUGCAACUUUCAAGUGAUCGAAUGUUUACUUCACCAUUUUCAAGUCUGAAGAUUCCGAAGUGUUGCAUUUUUAACAAUAGCUUAUGAUUGCUUCCCCCCCCCCCCCAGUUUUAUUGAAAUACUGAUGAAGUGCUCUACAUUAUAUCUUUUAAAUAUCAUGGGCACAGUUAAUCAAUGUUGGUAAUUAAAGCUGGAUUAAUAUGUACUGUGAUGGUUCUCUUGAGCUGAUAUAUUGUGACUGGCAAAUUGAAGUUUACAGACAUAUUUUCACUUGUCACAUGGUAAUAACUUGUCAUAUUUAGAUUCUGGUCAAAAUUUUUAUCAGUUCACUUGAAGAUUCACUUGAAUUGUCACUCAGUAAAAAAAUUGCAUUUAUGGUGUAGACUUUACUUGAAAAUGGAGAAAAAAGCAUGACCUUGCAGGUUAAAUACAUGAAAAUGUUUUACAAGUUAUUUAAUGUGCACUGGGCACCACCUAUUAAACAUUACUUUUGUUUUACUAAAAUAAACUGGAAAUGUACAUAACAGAAAAAUCUCUAUCUGAAUAAGAUGAAACUACUUUUAUAUUAUAACAUAUUUAACCAGUGCACUGUGCUUGAGGUGGAUGUAAACUGAUACUGUAAAGCAAUUAAAUAGCACAUAAUUAAAAAUAUAUUCUCAAUAGUUUUUAUUGAUAAUAUUUUUUACAUUUAGUUUUAGAAGGAUAAUGCAAGGAUAAUUUGAAUGCAAGUGUUAAUUUAACAUUCAGAUGCACUGUUUUCCCUUUUUAACACAUUGGUAAAAUUUGGUGUGCACAGAAUCACAUCUGAUUCUUCAUGUUUUGAUCCAUUAUUCUGCCACAUUGAUGAAAGACUUAUAGGCCAGUUGUAACAAACCCUUCACGAGGAAAUCAACAGAUGCUGAAAAUCCAAAGCAAAACACACAAAAUGCUGGAGGAACUCAGCAGGCCAAGCAGUAUGCAUUAAAGAGUGAACAGUCAACAUUUUGGGCCAAUACCCUUCAUCGGGACUCCAACCAGUUCAUUUAGCAGGUGGAGAACAUAGUUAAGUGAUUUUUUUUCCCAAUUAUUUUCUAGAUUACUUAUGUUGUUCCAGAACCCACACCACACCCAGGCUAUCCUCUAUUUAUUCCAUAUGUAUUCUAUGUGUAGAAUAAUCAUGAUGUGAACUGUAAGCAAUGUCAUUUUUUAUAAAAUACUUUAUACUUUCCUCUUUUUGUAUGCUGAUAACAGAUAAAAUUGGUGUUCAGAAAACUCUUG